GUUGAUUUGUUUGUCUUGUACAGAAAUUGUAUUGUUCAUAUUGUUAACAAGAGAAAGCUUGCAAAUAUUUUAGGGUAAUUUUACUUUAAAUACACUGAUUACCAUGUUAUUUAUCAAACGAAUAAAUGAUGUGUAAUGAUUCAUCAGAAUGAUGAAAUGUUUAGAUAGAUUACUGUUGUUGAUUUCUUACGAUUGAGAAAUUACAUAGUUUUUAUUUAAAAAGGUACCUUAUAAUCAAUUGUUUCUAUUUCGGCAAAUAGAGAGCUUAUUCAGUACUAUGGCUGGAUGCGAUUCAAAUGCUCUUAGAGCAGCAACAUUGGCUAUUCAGGGUCACGAGCAAUUGUAUAGGCAUCUAGAAGAAAAGAGAGAUUUCGACCUAAAUUUCAAGCUAUUGGAAGAGUCUCGUAACAUUAAAUCCCGUCUGGAAGGUUCCUAUGCAAAUUUCGAUGGUGUACAGGCGGACGCCGGAAUACUGGAAACUUUAAGACAAUUAACAAUAACAAAUCUUCCAACAGCGGUGUCGGAGAGCUCUAAACAAAAGUUUUUAUCCAACAUCAUGUCACUAUUUAAAGAUUCUAUUGAUGAGAUUCUAUACGCUGGAUUGAUUUGGUGUCCUUGGUAUUCUGGUUGUAUUAAGCAGAAAAAUCAAAGAACGAAAUUUAAUAAACUAAUUAUAGUCUAUCGAAUGAGACCUGAGCAUUUUUUUUCCUUUAUGAAUAGGCAUAAUAGAGAAAAGUAUGAUGUGUUUGAUAUGGAAUGGUUAUACGCUUGCGAUUUAUUUCAUUUUGCUCAUUUUCUUAAUACUGGCAAAGCUCGAUUCGUCGAAAUAGUUGAGAAAUCUUUAAGAUCACCACAAUGUACUUUAUACUGUUCAAAACAAUUUGAAGAAUUAAUGAACUGCAAUAUAUCUUUUGUUAAAAAUAAGGACUUCAUAAAACGAUGCUUAAUGCAAAGUUGCGGUCAAGUUGGUGCGAAGAAGGGAAAAAAAUUUUGUUUGAGAAGAUCAACCACACUACAAACCUUUAGCGAUAGUUUCAAAUUAUUAUACUACGUCGAAUGUGUUUUAAACGGAAGCGAUGCUAAAGUAGUAGGGGAGGAUAAAAGUUUGUGUGAGGAGGCAAAAUUUGCCUUAGAGAUGAUGAGUGAAUUGUAUACGUUUGAACAUAUAAAUGAAUCUGCUGAUGAGAAACUUUUUGAUAUUUUAAUGAAAUGGAAAGAAAAUUUAGACAAAAAGUUUGCUAUAACCGAUUUGAGUACAAGUUAUACUGACUUUUUAUCAAAUUGGCUUGGGUCAACUCGAACCAAAACUAUGAAUUUAGAUACUCGCCCGGUAAACUCUGAUUUAGGCCAAGUAAAGGAACUGUGCCACAGAUUAGGAGUCUCUCAUAUUCGUCCCGACAAGAAUGUAGUAUCGAGUUUAUCGUAUUGGAAUGAAAGCAAGGAGGAAAGGGGUAAGGAUAAGCUAGUUGAAUAUGGAGCCUAUGAAAUUCGCCUUUUCUGUGAAAUGCUAUGGAAAUGUAGUGUAGUUAUAUUAGAGAUUCUCUUUACCGAUUCUCACAUUUAUGAAACUGACCUUUGGAGAGAAUUAGCUGCUCACCGAAGAAGUUUUAUAUGCGAAAACGCUAUUAGACAAUAUUUGGGCUUAAUUACAAAACGUUUAAAACAUCUUGAGAGAAGAAGAUACGGUAACGAUGAAUCCAAGGAGAGAAAAUUAUUCUAUCAAAUCCUUCACAAAACUGACGCUUGCCAGAGAAUGAUGAAAAAUCUAACACCGAAUGUGCGAUGCUCAGGAGAACUUAGAGAAACAAUUAUGCGAAUCAGAUUAGAACCUUUAGAAAAUGAGUUUUCAAGAGAGAACUUAAUGAAAAGAAUGACCAAUGUCGUAGAAACUCUGAAGGAUGACCUAGUCCAUAGAAGUAGUAGGCUAAGAGAAAAUGUUGACUUUAACCUAUUAAAUAGCUGGAUUUUAAAAUCUCGAGGGUGGAAUAUUUCAUAA